CACACCAAAUACAUGUGUGCUUCUCAUACAAAUAAUAAAUUCUGAGUGUUCUUCCACACUUACAAUGUCCCAUCUCAAUUAUUGAACACAAAUAACUUCCUCGCCUUCGUUUCAACACUUUUAUAAUUUUAUUACAUGCAUUCAAAAGGAGAGGGAAUCAACUGUCGGAAUUUUCUUGCAAUAUCAUCAAUGAUGUCUACUCAAACCACAAAUUCCUCCUCAAGCUACCACUUGAUCAGCUACCAUGGCAAAGGUUGCAAGAAAGAAGAAACGAUUACGUCCAACGUCGUCUCAACGAUGAUUAAAAGUGAACUAAAGAUCGAUCGAGCUCGAUGUUUCUUGGCAUUCAGGCCCAAAUAUGGAAUUUUUAUAUAUCGACCAUGUUAUAGGGGUAUACCUAAAUCGGGCAACUUCAAAAUCAAGGCCUCAGCUUCACCAAACAAUCCCCCCUCUUCAUGGCAAAAAUGGUUGUUGGGAUUGCUGCUGACAGUGAUUCUACCAGCACUUGGGUACAAAGGAGGGCUCUUCUUAAACCUUAAAAGCAAGAUCGACAAAGCCAUAGAGACAGUGGAGCAUGUGACGGAAGUGGUGGAGGAGGUGGCUGAGGAGGCGGAGAAGAUCGUGGAGGAGGUGGAGGAGAAGCUCCCCGGAGAUUCCCAGAUCAAGGAAGCGCUCGAAUCGCUUGACGAUCUAGCUAAGAAGGCAGUUCUUGAAGCCAAAAACGCCCAAGAUGUUGUUCACAAGGUAAAAGAUGCGGAACAACAGAUGGAGGAGACGAUGAUUAAAAAUGGUAAAGCUCAAGCUAAAAAGUAGCCGUACAAGAAGAGAAUAUGAUUAACAGUUUCUUCUUUCUUAUUUUUCAGUUAGUUUGCGUCCAUUACCUUAAUAAGUCGAUAUACCAUUGAUUGCGACUUUUCACAUUAGAUAUUAAUCGCACUUGUUAAUAAAUAUUCUGAUUAUUAUAUAAAAACCCGUGAGUCCUGUUGGGAAUGA